AUGUUCACCAAACUCCGCUCCAAUACCAAACCCCAGUCCGACAAGAUGACGGCUACCGCCAUGCAUAAGCCUGCUGCUGCAGCCGCCUCCAAGGCCACCACCCCGUCCAGACCCUCGAAACCUUCCAGACCUGCACCUGCAUCUGCAGACCGCAGGCCCAGCUUCUCCGACCACCAAUGGGACGAGCGCCAAUGGACGAAGCCCUUCACCAAAGCCACCACCCACGUCGUUGCCACCCUGCAUUUCCCUCCCGAGUCCGACGACCAGCACGACCUCCGCCGCAUUGCCGAGGAGGAGAACCUCUACGGAAAGGCCCAGCAGCAGUCUGGCCGUCACACCUCACCCAAGCCCGCUUCCUCGCCGAAGAAGCCCUCGACCUCGCCCGCCUCCACCCAUCUGACCGUUCCCUCCAAGACGCCGGCCACUGCUCCCUCGGCCAAGAGCUCCGUCUCUUCGCUGAAGAGCACUGCACCCUCUUCCAAGAGCUCCUCGACCCUCUCCUCCAAGGGCUCCGCCUCCUCUCUUUGGUCCGAACGCCCCAGUUCGUCUGCCUCCAACGCAACCCACGCCACCUCUUGGUCCGUCGACUCUGCUUCGACCGUCAUGACCGACCUGACCGACGCCGCCCUCGAAUGCAACUCCAACCGCCCCGACUCGUGCACCCUUGGCGAUUACGAAGUCUUCAAGAUGCGCGCCGCCAAAAAGGCCGCCCCCAAGCGCCCCGACUCAACCGUCUCCUCGACUUCCGGCACUUCCUGCGCUGGCACCAUCCAUUCCAGGCCGCUCACCGGCAAGAGCAGCAAGACCGGCGACAUCACCUUCGAGGUCGUUGCCGAGGAGGCCGGCGCCAUCUACCUCUCGCCCAAGGCUCGCCCUACCCGUCGUUUCCGCUGA